CCCCUGAAGAGGUUUAAGCCCAUGAGGGAGGUGAUGAAGGAGCAUGGUAUCAAAGCCCCAGUUGUUGAUCCAGCUACAAAAUAUUUCAGCAAAUAUGCAACUGCUUUUGAGCCUUUGGCUAACUACAUGGAUAUGUCCUACUACGGAGAGAUCAGUAUAGGAACACCACCUCAGAACUUCCUGGUCCUGUUUGACACUGGAUCUUCCAACUUGUGGGUGGCCUCAACCUACUGUCAAAGCCAGGCAUGCACAAACCACCCAGUGUUUAACCCCAGCCAGUCUUCCACCUAUACCUCCAACCAGCAGCAGUUCUCUCUACAGUACGGGACUGGCAGUCUGACUGGAAUCCUAGGAUAUGACACUGUGACUAUCCAAAAUGUAGCUAUUUCACAGCAAGAGUUUGGCUUGAGUGAGACUGAGCCUGGAACCAACUUUGUGUAUGCCCAGUUUGAUGGUAUCUUGGGUCUGGCCUAUCCAUCCAUUGCUGAAGGAGGCGCUACCACUGUGAUGCAGAAUAUGAUUCAACAGGGCCUUCUCAAUCAGCCUUUAUUUGGAUUCUACCUUAGUGGUCAGGAGAGCUCUCAGAAUGGCGGAGAAGUAGCUUUUGGAGGCGUUGACCAAAACUACUAUUCAGGACAAAUUUACUGGACCCCUGUCACAUCUGAAACAUAUUGGCAAAUUGGAAUCCAAGGGUUCGCCAUUAACGGACAAGCAACUGGGUGGUGUAGUCAAGGAUGCCAGGGUAUUGUGGAUACUGGAACUUCUCUGCUGACUGCUCCUCAGCAAAUCUUCUCCUCACUUAUGCAAUCCAUUGGUGCCCAGCAAGAUCAGAAUGGACAGUAUGCUGUGAGCUGUGGUAACAUCCAGAGUCUUCCUACUCUUAGCUUCACCAUCAGUGGAACUUCUUUCCCCCUUCCUCCAUCUGCAUACAUUCUUCAGCAAAAUGGAUACUGCACCGUUGGUAUCAUGCCAACUUACCUGCCCUCUCAAAGUGGACAGCCUCUCUGGAUCCUGGGAGAUGUCUUCCUUCGGCAGUACUAUUCUGUCUAUGAUUUGGGAAACAACCAAGUUGGGUUUGCUUCUGCUGCAUAGACCUACUGGCUGACCUAGAUGCCAGCUUCAUCCAAUGUCCAUGUGAUCAUCCAAUAGAAAUACCUGCAUGUCAUUAUUUCAUAAUGUUCACAUGACAAGUCUAAUUUGGUAAAUGCUUUAGAUGUCUGAUGCUUUGCCAUUAAUAAAAGUAGUGUAAUCAA